AUGCCAGUAACAGAAACUUCCUGGUUGUCGCGCUUCACCUGCCGAAAUUGAAGCAUUAAUUUACACAAAAACACAAUCGCCUGCUACAACAAACUGACUUUUCAUCGCUACCUCGCGUGCCCUGUGUGGAAGCGGAGAGAAAAACCAUCAUUCGAAGCAGAGAAAUCAGUGACGCGGUGCUGGAGCAUUCAGAGAACACAGAGGAUGAGGGUGUUUCCCGGUGGGAAGGAUGAAGAGUUCCCCAGCUAGCCGCAGUCGGGACAUCGAGCGUCAGGCAGGAUAUCUGCGGCCGGAGCACUGCGUGCCGCCACCUCCACGGACAUACUCUGCCAACGACAUGUGGUUCAUCCGGGACGGCUGCGGCAUCGUGUGCGGCGUGAUCACGUGGCUGCUGGUCUUCUACGCUGAGUUUGUGGUCGUCUUCGUAAUGCUGCUGCCAGUGAAGAAUGUGCUGUACAGCCUAAUUAACGGCGCCUUGUUUAACGGACUGGCUUUCCUCGCCCUGGCCUCACACUUCAAAGCCAUGUGCACCGACCCGGGAGCCGUUCCAAAGGGAAACGCCACUAAAGAGUUUAUCGAGAGUCUGCAGCUCAAGCCUGGACAGGUGGUGUAUAAAUGUCCCAAAUGCUGCAGCAUCAAACCGGAUAGAGCUCAUCACUGCAGUGUGUGUAAGCGCUGUAUCAGGAAGAUGGACCAUCAUUGUCCCUGGGUCAACAACUGUGUGGGAGAGAGCAACCAAAAAUACUUUGUGCUUUUCACUAUGUACAUUGCUUUGAUUUCUCUUCAUGCUCUCAUCAUGGUCGCUAUCAAUUUUAUCUUCUGUUUGGAAGAAGACUGGGGAAAGUGCAGUUCCUUCUCUCCUCCGACGACCGUCAUCCUCCUCAUCCUCCUGUGCUUUGAGAGCCUGCUCUUCCUCAUCUUCACUGCUGUGAUGUUCGGGACGCAGAUUCACUCCAUCUGUAACGAUGAGACUGGAAUCGAGCAGCUGAAGAAAGAAGAGAAACGAUGGGCCAAAAGGUCCAAGUGGAUGAACAUGAAGGUGGUGUUCGGCCACCCGUUCUCUGUGGCCUGGCUGAGUCCGUUUGCCCCGCCGGAUCACGGGAAGGCCAAUCUCUACCAGUAUGUGGUCUGAGCCGUCUCUACACAAACAUCUCUCUUUACUUUUAACUCCGUCUGCUCUGAAAGACCUCACCGCACAGAACUCUAGUGGCCUCUUUCCGCUCAUCGAGACACUGACAGCCUCGGAGAGGGACACUGACGUCCAGCUGCUCUGUUAUAAUCAAUCCCGCACUGUGAACACUGACGUUUAUCAAUGAUGUUUGUGAUGAACUGGAUCUAGAUUCUAGAGGCCUUGAGCAUGGACCUUACUAACCAUCACCAGCCGUGGCAAAUAACUGAAGUGUUUUUUUUCUAGAUUGACAGAUGCCUUUACCAUUCGCUGGUUAAUUAGGAAAUGCCUUUUCUUUUGUUCUUCUUCAUUCUCUGCUCGAGCCUUAGCACAGAAAUGCUGCUGUAGUGUGAGGAAUCUUUCUUUGCCAAAUUUUAUUCCAUUAUGAAGUAUAAUCAAUUUUUUUUUUCUUUCUUGAUCAAAACAAAUUUAUCACUUGCAUAACACUAGAGGGUGAAUAUCAUGAAAACGUCUGGGCCAUAUUUCAUACCAAAAUCCUUUUUAUUUUUUGCAUUGUGACAUUAUUUUCAUGACAAUUAAAUGCAUCAUUCUAUCAAAUUUA